AUGUCCCCGCACCAAAAAUUUCGCCGCCUGCAUUUCUCGUUAUCGAGUUAUGGCAUCAAGAUCGUUCUGGGUGCCCUUUGGGGAGGAGGAGGCAAAGAGUGUUCUACAAUUGCCCUGCACCAGAAAUUUCGCCGCUCGCACUUCUCGUUGUCGAGUUAUGGCCUCAUCAUCGUUCUGGAUGGGUUUAGGGAGGAAGAGGCAAAGUGUUCUACAAUCACCCCGCACCAGAAAUUUUGCCCCCCGCACUUCUCGUUGUCGAGUUAUGGUCUCAACAUCGUUCUGGGUGCCCUUUGGGGAGGAGGAGAUGCCCUUUGGGAGGAGGAGGCCAAGGCGAGUGCAUAUAUCUUUUUGAGCGCAGUUCAUGAACUUAUCCUUUUAUGUUAUACAAUCACCCCGCACCAAAAUUAUCGCCACCCGCAUGUCUCACUCUCGAAUUAUGGCCUCAACCUCAUUCUGGAGGUCCUUUGGGGAGGAGGAGGCCAAGUGUUCCACAAUAACCCCACACCAAAUAUCACGCCACCCGCCCGUCUCAUUCUCGAGUUAUGGCCUGAGCGUCAUUCUGGGUGCGCCUUGGGAGCAGGAAGGAGGAGUGCAAGGCGAUACUCUACAAUCGCCCCGCACCAAAAAUCACGACACCCACCCGUCUCAUUCUCGGAUUUUGGCCCACCCUCGUUUUGGCUCACUUACGAAGAGGAAGAGUCAAAGUGCUACUCUGCAGUGUCGUACAAUCACAGUACACUCGCAUUGCCACCUCCCGUAGCUCCCCCAACGUCGUUCGCACUGACAUGUACAAUGAAGGUCGGCGAAACACUGCACUAUCAUAGCGCAAUCACUAAGACCAAGGACGAGCAGCACACAAAGUUCUAA